AAUGUGAUUCACGAAGUAACUAUCCUAAUAAUAAUAGACGCACGAAAAGACAAAGAUUUUGUAACACACUUACUGAUAUUAACGUGGGGAGAAGACAAUGCUUGAUGCUUCAGAGCUCAGACCGAAAGGACUAUGAUUCUUUGCUUUCACCUUGGAACACAAUAGCUUCACUCUUUUGGCUAGUCAAGUACGUUGUCUCAGUCUUCAAUCACAUGCUCCACAGCCAUAUAUAACUAGAGUUCAAAACUGUUGCAAUUUGUGAAGCUUAGAUCCCUUUAAGUUUGGCGUGAGGUGCUGAGUUCUGAUGCUGCUUUGAACUGAAGAACUUGGAGGUGUUUUCUCACAAAUGGAUGGAAAAAUGUUUGUGGGGAGGGUGUUGUUGGUCUCGGUUUUCUGCUUGUGGAUUCCCUCUCUGGUGGUGGAGGGAAGGAAUGGAACUACCAUCACAAACUCUACUAAUUCUUCAACACCAAGAGUUUUAAGAGUUGGAGCUUUGUUUACUCUUAAUUCUAUAAUUGGAAGGUCGGCAAAACCUGCACUUAUGGCUGCUUUUGAUGAUGUUAAUGAUAAUUCGAACGUUCUCCCUGGCGUUAAGCUGGAGGUUGUUUUACAUGAUACAAAUUGCAGUGGGUUUGUUGGAACAAUGGAAGCUUUGCAAUUGAUGGAGGAUGAAGUGGUUGCUGCCAUUGGUCCACAGUCCUCAGGAAUAGCACAUGUCAUCUCUCAUGUUGUCAAUGAACUCCAUGUCCCUCUUGUUUCAUUUGGGGCAACAGACCCAUCUCUAUCUUCCCUUCAGUACCCAUAUUUUGUUCGCAGCACCCAAAGUGAUUAUUAUCAGAUGUAUGCAAUUGCAGACUUGGUUGAUUACUAUAGAUGGAGGGAGGUAAUUGCCAUAUAUGUAGAUGAUGAUAAUGGAAGGAAUGGAAUUUCAGUAUUGGGAGAUGCUUUGGCAAAGAAACGUGCCAAGAUCUCUUAUAAGGCUCCUUUCCCUCCUGGUGCCCUCAAGAAAGAUAUCAGUGACUUGUUAAAUGGAGUGAACCUAAUGGAAUCACGGGUUUUUGUUCUUCAUGUUAAUCCUGAUAAUGGUUUGAACAUUUUUUCUCUUGCUGAGAAGCUAGGAAUGAUGAACAGUGGCUAUGUGUGGAUUGCAACAGAUUGGCUUGCUUCAGCACUUGAUUCAUUAGAGCCAGUUGAUCCUAAAACUAUGAAUCUCCUUCAAGGGGUUUUGGCUUUGCGUCAUCACACUCCUGAUACUAAUGAAAAGAAGAGUUUUCUCUCCAGGAUGAAGAGACUCAAAGACAAGGAGACUCCAAGCUUCAAUUCCUAUGCAUUGUAUGCAUAUGAUUCUGUGUGGUUAGUAGCUCGUGCUCUUGAUGCCUUUCUCAAAGAAGGUGGCAUGGUAUCUUUCUCCUCUGACCCUAAGUUGCGCGACACAAAUGGAAGCAUGUUGCAUCUAGAAUCGCUUCGUAUUUUUGGAGAUGGUGCCAAGUUUCUCGAGGCAAUUUUGAGAACCAACUUCACUGGUCUGACUGGUGAAGUUCAGUUUGAUUUGGAAAAGAAUAGAAUGCAUCCAGCAUAUGAUAUCUUGAACAUUGGUGGAUCCGGAAUGAGGAGAAUUGGUUAUUGGUCUAAUUACUCAGGUCUCUCAGUUGUGGCUCCAGAAAUUUUGUAUAAGAAACCACCUAACACUUCAACAAGCAGCCAACAACUGUAUAGUGUUAUAUGGCCUGGAGAAACUACAAAUAAACCAAGAGGGUGGGUGUUCCCCAACAAUGGAAGGCCACUGAGAAUAGCAGUGCCUAAUAGAGUAAGUUACUUGGAAUUUGUUUCUAAAGACAAGAACCCCCCGGGAGUAAGAGGCUAUUGCAUUGAUGUCUUUGAAGCUGCCAUAAACUUGUUGCCUUAUCCUGUCCCACGAAAAUACAUAUUAUUUGGACCUGGUGAUAGAAAUCCGAGCUAUGAUGACCUUGCAAGUCAGGUUGCACUAAAUAACUUUGAUGCUGCAGUUGGUGAUGUUACAAUUGUCCCAAACAGGACAAGGUUUUUGGAUUUUACUCAACCUUACAUGGAAUCAGGGCUGGUUGUUGUUGUUCCUGUCAAGGAGAUCAAAUCAAGUCCUUGGUCUUUCCUCAAACCCUUCACUGCUCAAAUGUGGUGUGUUACUGGUGCCUUUUUUAUAUUUGUGGGAACCGUUGUAUGGAUUCUUGAGCACCGCCACAAUCCGGAGUUUCGUGGUAGACCAAAGAAACAACUCAUGACAGUCUGUUGGUUUAGUUUCUCAACAAUGUUUUUCUCACACAGAGAGAACACUGUGAGUGGUCUUGGGAGAUUGGUGCUAAUCAUAUGGCUUUUUGUGGUGUUAAUUAUCAAUUCAAGCUACACAGCUAGCUUAACAUCCAUCCUCACGGUGCAGCAACUUUCAUCACAAAUUGAAGGAAUUGACAGCUUGAUCUCAGGUACUCAACCAAUUGGAAUUCAAGAAGGUUCAUUUGCAAGGAAGUAUUUGACUGAGGAACUCAAUAUACAACCAUCAAGGAUAGUUACAUUGAAAAAUAUGGAGGCAUAUAUUGAUGCCCUUGAGCGUGGACCAAAAGAUGGAGGGGUUGUGGCCGUUGUUGAUGAGCUUCCUUAUAUUGAAAUCUUAAUGUCAAGUACUAAUUGUAAGUUCAGAACCGUUGGCCAGGAGUUCACUAAAAGUGGUUGGGGAUUUGCAUUCCAGAGGGACUCUCCCCUUGCAGUUGACAUGUCAACUGCCAUUCUUCAACUCUCAGAGAAUGGUGACCUGCAAAAGAUCCAUGAUAAAUGGCUUUUAAAACAUGAUUGUUCUGUACAAGAUAAUGUAGAUUCAAAUGAACUAUCUCUUAGUAGCUUCUGGGGUCUCUUUCUCAUAUGUGGCAUUGCAUGUGUCCUUUCUUUGAUUGCAUUCUCCAUCAAAGUGUUCUGCCAAUACAACAAAUUCAACCCAGAACCUGAGCAAGAUGACCAGGAAAUUUCACCAACGAGGCCUAAAGAUAAAAGGCUUUUCCGAUCCACCACUAGCUUCAGGGAAUUGAUGUAUUUUGUGGAUAAGAAAGAAAAAGAAAUCAAAGAGAUACUUAGGCAGAAGAGUAAGAAAAGAAGACGCAGCCUCAGCUCAGAUGGUCAAUCUAGUUCACCAAUCUAAGUAACCAUGUACAUUUUUGUUAGUGUCUUGUUUUAUUUCUCUUACUUAGGCCAUACCAUAAUAACACAAUAUUGACACAAAUUUGUCAACAUUGAAACAUUUUAAUUUAUCCCUUCUUGGAUAUGGAACUCUGGCUGUAAGAUCAUUAUCAACAUUUAACACGGUAUAAAGAAAAACAAUAUACAAUCUUGGUCUACUUUAGGCCAACAUACACUAAAUUUAGACAAAUGUACCUCCUUACAGAACAGUUUUAAGUCUGCAACUGAGAGAAUUAUUAAAGAAUAAGAGGUUUUUCUUGAGUCCUCAA